AUGCCCUUAUCCAGGCCGCGAAAGGAUAUUGUUCCUCGAAAGGGCCACGUUGUCCAAGUGGACCGAGAACAGAUAUAUCGGGCAACCCAGCAUCAUCACGAAUACACGUACAAUGGAACCACCCUGACCGGACUGGUCAAGUUCGAUGACUGUACCGACUAUGGGAUCAGCGAAGACGCCGAGCAGGCUCUGUUGAAGAUCGAGGUAGAAAGACUGGCCGAGGCGGCUGAGAAUGAAGGGCCAUGUCUCUUCGACGCGCACGGGCUAUUGAAGCCCACCAGCGAGGAGCUGGCUCAUCUAGCCGAUCAGAUCUCCUGCAACAUGGAAAUCAUCCGCCUGGACAACGCGCGAAUUUCCUUGGAACAUUGCGAGGGCGACAGUGACGGAAGCGCCGAGGUCUUUCGCACGGCCCGUCGAAGACUGCGUGGCCAUUUCAAGCAUGAACAGACCCAGGUGCGAGGGGCCGAACCCAAGAUCCUGCAUCCACCAGAUCGGAAUCUGGUUCUCUAUUUCGCCCUGGUUGAUUACAUCACGGCCUGCAUCGCUCGACUGCUGGUGCGCACGGCGGACAGCGCGUACUGGGACUGUCACACCCUCUCGAUCCUUGCUUCGUUUGCCGUCAAGUUGAAGGUGCUCUCGCAUGACCCAGCCCGGUAUGCCAACUUCAGCAUCGACACGGCCGAACACGCGAUAGAGCAGUUGAGCCAAGGGCUUGCUUCGAGGCAGGCCAUGUUCAUCAAGAUCCGUGUAGACUCGAGUGAUGCGAAGGCCUCUGACCUCAAAGAUGUGGACACGCUCGAUUCCGAAACCGAUGUGAGCACCCGCUACUACGAGGAGAAGACGUACUUCCGCAGUCAUGUGCACAGCCUGGUGAAGUACACCAUGGACAACCUGGCCCAGGACAAAGACAACCGAUCGUCGUCCGGAUGCUUCGAGAUCUGUUCGCUGAUCUAUCGCUGUGGUAUUGAUGGAGCUCUGAGCACACUGACGAGUAAUCGCCUGGGAGAGAUUGCCGCCUCGUCCGAUCCGUUCCGGCUGAAGUGCACCUUUACCGCCCUGGAGCUGACCAUGAGAAAUCUCUACCGGUUGAAGGCGGACAUAGAUGCCGCGGGGCCCCUGACCAGAGAACGGUGA